AAAAACAAAACUAAAUAUAUAAUAACAAUGUUUCUCGUUAGACAAAAUUAAGAAAGUUAUAAAAUUAACUAGCACAUGUACCUACUUCAAUCUUUUAUGUACUGCAAAWACGUUGUAACACCAUAACUGGCCAUCCYCCCGCUAUUGAGUUGCAUAAAAGCUGGUCUAAGAAACGUUCAGGGCAAUAACGGGCUGCUGUUGCUGCUGCUGCAMUUACUAAAUAUUGCAAUUGACAACAAAUGGGUUUACUGCUUCACUUCUGCAAGUUGGAAAAGCGCUGGCAAUUGCUGCAAAGAUGUGAUAUUAUAUUCAAACGCCAUAUGAAAAAGCAGGCAGUUAGUCCAACCAAACUUGCCGAGGUUGGACGUCUGUUGGAGGCAAAAGAAGGCAAGUACGAUACCGGUCAACUGUUCUUGCACCGUAUCUUUGGGUAUCGCGGAGUGAUACUCUUCCCAUGGACGGCACGCGUAUACGAUCGUGAUUUACACAAUCCUAGAAAGCCGACGACGACGACGACAACGACGACAACGACAACAGCAACGGCAACAGCAACGCCUACUGCAUGCACUACAGAGGCUUCACCACUUAGAUUUAACGAAGGCAGUGGCGAUAACAGUGGGACAGUAGGAGCUACACAGAGUGAUGAUGCUCCCACUGCAUGGAAUACAACCAAUACGGCUGCCGACACGCAGAGUACCCAAAUUAGUGUACAACUGCGUGAACGGCAUUGGCGCAUCUUUUCACUCUCUGGCACUCUGGAGACGGUACGCGGACGCGGUGUUGUUGGCCAAGAGCCCAUACUCAGUCCUCGACUUCCGGCGUUUCAAUACAGUAGCCACGUAAGCUUGCAGGCGCCGAGCGGUCAUAUGUGGGGAACGUUUCGUCUAGAACGUGAGGAUGGGUAUGCUUUCGACUGCAAGAUACCGCCCUUCUCUCUGGAGUCUAAGCCAGAUGAUGUGAGUACGCCUCCGGUUGGUACACCCACAAACGACGAUGUGGAUUAAUGAAUUUUAAUAGACAAUGGUUAUUAUUACAACUCAA